CCGCGAGAAGCCUGGAGGGCUAUAUUAACCAAUCCCUUCAUAGAGAGCCCAGUCAUUAGCCAAUCUGAAGGCGAAUGGGCUCCCGGGGGCGGGAGGAGCAAGGCGGCCUAAGAUUUGAAAUAGGAAAGUUGGCGGGGCUGCAGGAGCUGGGUGUGGAGACCGGCUGUUGGCUUAAUUGUUUCAGGUCUCCUGGAAAAGCAUUUUCUUACAAAAUGAUAGAGGACGAACUGGCACACUUUGAUAAAAGCAUAAAUGAAUUUUGGAAUAAAUUCAGAAGCACUGUCAGCGACACGUCCUGUCAAAUGAUGGGACUAAGAGAUACCUACAAAGAUUCCAUCAAAGCACUGACAGAAAAGCUUUCUGUGAAAUUAAAGGAAGAAGAACGAAUGGUUGAGAUGUUUCUGGAAUAUCAAAAUCAGAUCUGUAGGCGUAAUAAGCUAAUUCAAGAAAAAAAAGACAACUUGUUAAGGUUGAUUGCUGAAAUAAAAGACAAAAAUGAGAAACUAGAAGUACUGACUGCAAAUAUUCAGGAUCUUAAGGAAGAAUAUGCUAAGAAGAAAGAAACUAUUUCUGCUGCUAACAAAGCUAAUGAAGAGAGGCUGAAAAGGCUACAGAAAUCUGCAGACUUGUAUAAAGAUCGGCUUGGACUAGAAAUUCGAAAAAUUUAUGGUGAUAAGUUGCAGUUUAUAUUCACUAAUAUUGAUCCUAAGCAUCCUGAGAACCCAUUUAUGUUUUCCCUCCACCUAAAUGAAGCAAGGGAAUAUGAGGUGUCAGACAGUGCUCCUCAUCUGGAGUGCCUUGCAGAAUUUCAAGAGAACGUAAGGAAGACCAACAAUUUCUCGGCUUUUCUUGCCAAUGUCCGGAAAGCUUUUAUUGCUAUGGUCUAUAAUUAAUGUCUGAAAAGUAUAUAAAAACUGUUUAUUUUU